CAGAGAGUGAGGAAGAGGAUGACAAUGAAAUGGAAGUUGAAGAUCAAGAUAGUAAAGAAACUGAGAAGCGAAACGUCAUUAAUUUUGAUACCAGUUUGCCAACAUCACAUAUGUAUUUAGGUUCUGAUAUGGAAGAGUUUCAUGGCAGGACGGUGCAUGAUGAUGACAGCUGUCAGGUGAUUCCAGUGCUGCCCCAUGUGAUGGUGAUGUUGAUUCCUGGACAGACGUUACCUCUUCAGCUUUUUCACCCUCAAGAGGUUAGCAUGGUGCGGAAUUUAAUUCAGAAAGACAGAACGUUUGCUGUUCUUGCAUACAGUAACGUACAUGAAAGGGAAGCACAUUUUGGAACCACAGCAGAAAUAUAUGCCUACAGAGAAGAGCAGGAAUAUGGAAUUGAGACGGUCAAAGUGAAAGCAAUAGGAAGACAGAGGUUCAAGGUGCUUGAAAUAAGAACCCAAUCAGAUGGAAUCCAGCAGGCUAAAGUACAAAUACUUCCUGAGCGAGUGCUGCCUUCAACAAUGGCAGCAGUGCAGCUGCAGUCUCUCAGCCGAUGCCAUAUAUUUCCUCCUUCGAAACCUACGGCAUGGCAGGACCGAGCUAUACAGCAGUGGUGGCAGAAGUAUCAAAAGAGGAAGUUCCGCUGUGCGAGUUUGACAUCUUGGCCUCCCUGGCUCUACUCUCUAUAUGAUGCUGAAACCUUGAUGGAAAGAGUCAAGAGGCAGCUACAUGAAUGGGAUGAAAAUCUUAAAGAUGAAUCUCUUCCAACAAACCCAAUAGAUUUUUCUUACAGAGUUGCUGCUUGCCUGCCAAUUGAUGAUGCAUUACGUAUACAGUUGCUUAAAAUAGGCAGUGCUGUUCAGCGACUCCGGUGUGAAUUAGGUAUUAUGAACAAAUGUACAUCUCUCUGCUGUAAGCAAUGCCAAGAUACAGAAAUAACUACCAAGAAUGAAAUAUUCAGUUUAUCCUUAUGUGGACCCAUGGCAGCAUAUGUGAAUCCUCAUGGGUACAUCCAUGAAACCCUUACUGUAUAUAAAGCCUGCAACUUGAAUCUCAACGGACGACCAUCGACAGAGCACAGCUGGUUUCCUGGGUAUGCCUGGACUAUAGCCCAGUGCAGGAUCUGUGGGAACCAUAUGGGCUGGAAGUUCACAGCUACCAAAAAGGAUAUGUCACCUCAGAAAUUCUGGGGAUUGACACGGUCUGCUCUCCUGCCUCGGAUUCCAGAAGCAGAUGAAGACUCAGGCCACGAUAGGUCACCAUUACUCUGCCUGUAA